CGUCUUCCUAAUUUAGUAAUUGUACCCAAAAAAAUCUAUAAAUACCCCAUCUUAAACACAAACCUAAUCAUCCACAAUUCUUUCUCUCGGUAAUAUUUCAUAACAAUAAACUCGAAAUCCUCUUCUUUUCUCUCCUUUUGUAGCAAAAUGGCCAAUAUUAAGGCUAUGUCAUUGCUUUUGGCUUUCCUCGUUGUUGCUAUGCUUGUCUCUGAGACUUUUGCUGGGACCAACUACUAUGGGAAUAACAGUUUAACACUUGCUCAAUGCCCUGGACGUUGUAAGCAAAGGUGCUCAAAGGCUCGUAAAACCGAGGAAUGCAACUUCUUUUGCAACAAGUGCUGUCGAAAAUGCCUUUGUGUUCCACCAGGCACCUUUGGCUACAAAGAACUUUGCCCUUGCUACAACAACUGGAAGACCAAGAGAGGUGGACCAAAGUGCCCUUAAUUUCAUUUCUUAAUCUUCUUAAUAAAACUAUCCAAAUUGACUUAAUUUUGAGGCUACAUAACGCUGUAAUAUUAAUGAUAGUUGAUAUAUUUUGACAAAUCAUAUCGAAAUAUAUCAUUUAUCAAUUACUAUUUAUGUAUUGUUACGUACAUUGUGAUUUUGUGAGCUAGUACUUAUUAAGCUUGCUUUAAUAUAGUACUAGAAUGUAUUUGUUUUACAUUGUGAUUUUUAUUUUAUCCCAUCGCUUCAUUGAGGGGUAUAUUUCUUGUAAACCCUUCUAUUGAGAGCGUCAUAUGGCAAAUAUUUCUAGCCAUUUUCUAUUUUUACAUUUGGCAAUUAUUGUUCAUUGGAUUGGUUAUAAUAAAAAAUCAAAAAAAAAAAAAA